AUGCAUAAUCCCUAUGCUGUAUUCUUCCGGACUUUAAGGGACAGGGUCAUUCAUGCAGAUACAAGAAUUGUUUUAAAUCAAGCGCCAGUGCUUGAUCAACGUGUUUAUAAUGCUCCUGCUGUUGAUGAAGCUGCUGCUAUCUGGCCGGAGAGUGCUUCGUCUAGCCAGAGCUUGGGCCCUCAUAUAUUAGUUAGUGGAUGCUCUGAUAAAUCUCAUCGAAUAUAUCAUAAUUAUGGAUGCUAUGAUCCGCUUCAGUAUCCUUUGUUAUUUCCUCGAGUUGAGUGUGGGUGGACUCAAGGGCUUAAAAAAAAUUCUCAUCCGUCUCGAAGAUCAGCAGAUCUGGUUCCGGAUCCUAUAAUGUCCUGUGUUGUUCAUACUACAACUGAGUUAUUAGAGCAGGAAGAAGCCCGUGCAAAGAAGAAAAACACUAGAGCAGACAAGUUCAUAUAUGCUAGAGAUUAUUAUGCCUAUAGGUUACAGAUCAGGCCUAAUAACAUGCUUUUGCGAGCGAGAAGGUGUUUUCAGCAAUACAUAGUGGAUAUGUAUGGGAGACUCUUGGACAAAAAUGUUGGCCGUAGGGUUAUAUUACCUCCUACUUAUAUUGGCGGUCCUCGGGAUAUGAAGAAGCGGUAUUUAAAUGCUAUGGCUUUAGUACAGAGAUUUGGUAAGCCAGAUCUUUUUGUUACAAUUACUUGUAAUGCUAAUUGGCCUGAAAUAAAAGCCGAGCUAGCUGCUGGUGAGGCGGCACAAGAUAGACCUGAUUUGGUUGCUAGGAUUUUUAGAGCAAAAUUGGUAGCCUUGAGAAGAGAAAUCACGGAGAAUAAAAUAUUCGGGGAAGUGGCUGCAAUGCUCAAGUGCCCUGCUGACUAUGAUCGAUUUGUUUGUGCUGAAAUACCUGCUCCGACUAAUGGUGUCUUGAGAAGAAUUGUGUUGGCACAUAUGAUGCAUGGUCCUUGUGGUAUCCUGAAUCCGGAUUGUCCAUGUAUGAAGAAAACUGGCAUGCAACGCAGUUGUAAAAACAAAUACCCUAAGCUAUUUUGCAAUGAAACGACUAAUAAUAAAGAUGGAUAUCCUAUCUACCGUCGAAGAGUAACUGGGGAGCAGGUAACCAUAAGAAAUGCACAAUUAGACAAUCAGUGGGUCAUUCCUUAUAACCCUUAUUUGUCGAUGCUCUUUGAUUGUCACUUGAAUGUUGAGGUGUGUUCGACUAUUAAAGCAGUAAAGUAUCUAUACAAGUAUGUGUAUAAGGGUCAUGAUAGGAUUUCGUAUAAUGUUGUUGGUUCUAAUAGUGAACCUGUAGAUGAAAUUCAUCAAUAUCAAUCAGGUAGAUGGGUACCUCCUUGUGAAGCUGCAUGGAGAAUUUUUAGCUUUGACCUAUUUGAAAUGCACCCUUCUGUUUUGCCUUUACAAGUCCAUUUGCCAUACAUGCAGACUGUUCAUGUGCGCCCGCAUGAAAGACUACGCUCUGUUGUUUCAGAUGAUAAACGCUCAAGAACUCAAUUAACUGAGUGUUUUGCAAUGAACGCUGCUACUGAACAUGGCUUGGGGUAUCUAUAUGGUGAAUUUUGCGAGCAUUAUACAUGGCAUCAGGGUGAUAAGAGAUGGAAACAAAGAGUACAAAACAGGAUUUUAAUUGGCCCCCUGGCAUUUGUGUUUCUUGCAGAAGGAGAACGAUUCUUUCUUAGGCUCCUACUGCUCAAUGUAAGAAGUCCUAAGUCUUUUGAAGCUCUGCGUACUGUCGAUGGUUGUUUGUAUCCGACUUUUCAGUAA